CCAGCAAUAGGAUUUGGUGCGAACUACUGAAUUAAACUUUAGUCCUCCUGAAUGUUUCAACUUGCUUUCUGCUCUGAACCUCAGAUAAGUUGGGUGUCUACACAGCAGCAUGUCUGUAGCUGAACAUGCAUUAUUAUCAGUGACAUACAGUUGAUUUGUAGUCAAAUUAGUCAAUACUUUUGCCCUCUUCACAGAGUACUCCUGAAACAUCCAUAAAAACAUGUGAAGGAAGUGCAUUUUACAACAGUAACACCAAAAGGGAAAUAUAUGUUCCAUGUUUUCAGUAAAUACCAUUAAUCUUGCCACAGGAGUUGGCACAGCAAGCAUGAAAGCUUGUGAGCUGCGGUUUAUGCUAAUUAUCUGCGCUGUAGGACCACAUCUUUGACCAAUGAGAUUUCUCGGCUUAAGAUGCCUGUUACAUAAUGUUUGUGAUGGCGGCCUUGCUGAAAGUUAAACUUGUGGACGCUUUUCAACAAACAUGAACAAAAGAUAAAGCAGCUGAAACCAGGUCGUUUUAAACUCUCGUCUUAUACAUCAUGUGCUGUUAAACUACUUUCUCAAGAUUUUUCUUCACUUGAAGCAUGCUGAGUCUGUUAAGUCAUGUCUCGUAGGAGUUCCCGCUUGCUGUCCGGUGGCUACUACAAUUCAGAUGAGGAAUCUGACUCAAGUAGUGUGACAAACAUAUCUUACAGAGAAAACCCGGUCAAGGUUUUCAAGAAGAAGGCAGGGACCCGCAAGCCUGGCUCCCGCACCUCCAGCAGAGCCAAUAGCAAUGCUAGUUCUGGGACCCCUGAGACACCUGGCACUGCAGGCCAGCAUGAUGGUCAGAGAUCGUCGCCCUUGAGCAGUCAGACUCAACCUACCAUGAGGACCGUGCCCUACGUCCCCAUCACGGUCACCCCUCGCCCAGCACUGACCCCAUCAUCAGCCCAGGGUCAGGCACCCACACGCUGCCGUCCCGUACCUCCAGAGAAGAGCCCUUACACUGGGCUCUCCAGCGGGUCACGAUUACACUUGAGGCCUAACCACAAGGAGCUCAGUCAGAGUGGUGUGGACAGCUCAGGAUACUCGUCCUCUGAGGGCAACGUGCCUGAAGAUCGUAUAUACUCUCACAUACCGGCAGUAGCGAAAGCUGUAUUCAGCAGCAGCAUGAAGAAAAUUGGUGGUCUGGUUCUGCUGUUAUUGUUUGCACUUCUAUGUAUCUGGUUGCUCCUUCCCUUGUUCACCUCUUUCAUCUCCCGCAUGACUGUCACAAACACCCCGUCACAGACAAAACCCAAGAGUCAACCUGUUAUCCCUGCCACUCCUCCUCCUCAACCCAACACCAUGCAUUCCACACCUACAACGGAUCCUGCCAUUGUGUCUGCUGCUAUAGAAGCUAAGAUGCAGCAUCUACUGGUGGAUCUGCAGCUUAAGCAGGAACUCCUUAUCUCCCAGAUGAAGGAGCAACUCCAGCUGGACAUGCAGGACAUGAAAGCCAAUCUGGAGGUGGUGGACUCAGACAGUCGGCUGCGUCUGGAGCAGGAGCUGGCCGUGCUGGGCAGGCAGGUAGAAGAUUACCAGGUGGACAGUCGCUCUGCUGCAGCCAGUCUCAACCUCAGGAUCCAAACUUUGGAGAACCAGAAUACCAAGCUGUCCCAGGAGUUGUCAUCCAUCCAGAUGAUGCCUCCUCCAGCCCCUUGUCCUGAUACCAGUACGGCUCCAGUCCUCAACCAUCUCACCCCUGAGCUCCAACAGGCCAUGGAGAAGUGGUUCACUGACCGCAUCAAAGAGCAGGAUGCAGUCAGAAAUGCUGACCAAGGAAGCUGCACAGACUGUGGACGUCCCAUGGCUGACAAAAUGGCUGACUUUGCUCUGGAGACGCAAGGCGCCAGUGUGAUCAGCACCAGGUGUUCAGAGACGUAUCGUCAUCGCUCAGCGUGUCUCACCCUGUUUGGUUUCCCUCUGUGGUAUCCAUCUGAAAGCCCACGCACUGUUAUUCAGGGCUACCCAGUGCUGCUUCCAGGAAAAUGUUGGGCGUUUCACGGUGUCCAAGGCAUUCUUGUCAUCUCUCUCUCCCACCCCGUAAGGAUAAGUCAUGUGACGCUGGAUCACCUGCCACGCUACAACUCUCCCACCGGUCGCAUUGACUCCGCACCUAAAGACUUUGAAGUUUAUGGCAUGAAAAAUGACACAGAAGAAGGAACACUGCUGGGGAAAUUCACUUACGAUGAGAAUGGACCGUCAACGCAGACGUUUAAGCUGCCUAACCCGAGUGACGUGGUUUAUCGAUUUGUGGAGCUGCGAGUUCUUACCAACUGGGGUCACAUCGAAUACACGUGUCUUUACCGCUUCCGUGUGCAUGGAAUGAUCACUUCCACAUGAGACUCGAGCUUCACAGAAAGUGAUGUGACAGCGCAUCCUAACAUAUCAGAAAGUACAUUUGUAAUGCAUACUUUUUUAUAAAGAUUAAAACCACUUGAUGGUCUGAGGCCAAAUGCUACUGAAAACAUUUUUAGUGUUGACUUUUGUGUGGCAAUAGGUUUUGCUGUUUUUUUUGUGAUUACAGGUUACAACAACAAAAUUAUGAGAACUUUUUGUGCAGUGCACAUUCAGCUUUAAAUAAUUGCAGAGGAGAAAAAUGUGUUUUUAAAAACCAAAAAUCUACCUAGUAAAACCAUUUGGAAGUGUAAGGUUCUGGUAACUUUAUGCUUUCAAUCAUAUGAGUGUGCCACAAAACCAUUUUUAAUCAUUUCCUGUUACUGAUUAUUAUGGAUAUUUAUCAAGUUUUUUUUCCUGCUUUACGUUCUUACAGCGCAUGAUCACAAUGGGAGCUCCCUGGUAAAAUAACUUUUCUUUUCAUUUUGCCGCUGGGUAGCUACAGUGUUAAAUGCCUUGCUCAGUGGUACAAGUCAAAGCAGGUCCCUUUACUGACCCAGAUGUCUGCAGAUGGUCUUUGGAUUAAACCAGCAACACCUGGUUCCAGUCAUACCCAUAAAGUCAGACUGACACAUCAUAUAAGUAAUGACAUUAAUGAACUUUAAAAGAUUGUUUCUAACUUCUGCUGUUCAUUUUUGGACACGAAAUGAAGCUCAAUAUUUCACAUUUUAUCAAAAUACAGGUUUAGUUUGUGAGGUUGUCAAUCAAACAUGUGGCCUGAUGUCUGACCAGGUUGAAAAUGUUUUUAUACAUUUUUGUCAGGACAUUACUGUGAUUUAUAUUUGACAGAUGGGGUGUACAACCCUUUGAGCAACAGGUAGAUAACAUACACAGGGCAGCAGUGAAUGUUGUUUAAUAAGUGUGGUUUGUUAUUAAAUUAAAUUUGAUUUACUAUUCCUACAAAAGGUAAAAUAUGCAGCUUUGUAACAUGUAUUGUGUUUUCUCUUUUAGCAAGUUCUCAUGCAUCAGUUUUGAUUUUAUUUCUGGUACUUGAAUACUUGAAAACCUUUUUUCUAACCUCUCUUUGAGAAGACAUCACGCCGAAUCCCUGACGUCUUUGUUUCCACGUCCUUGUACAUAAGACUUUAAUUUUGUAUGAGCUACUCAACCAGGAAAGAUUUGCGUUAUUUAUUUACAAAUUCAGUCAUGAAGUAAUAAAGUAUAAGUUAUGUCUGUUUUAUAGGAUGCGUUUGAAAGUCAUUUUUGAUUAUUAAUAUGUUAUACAUAUGAAAAAUCUUCAAUUUUUACUCUUCAAAAUCUGGAAAUUACCUCUUAACACAACAACAGAGCUGCCGAUGUUUGUUUUAGUUCAUUUGUUGUAUAUUUUAUUUAGACAGACAAUGGAAGAGAAAGGCUUUUUAAUGAGGUGCACUAGAGAUGAUUCCAGGUAAUAGAUAACUAUUGAUCUUGUUUGCAGACAAUUCAUAUGUGCAUCUUGGUAAAAUUUACUACAAAACAGGACCACAACCUUUUGUUUCGUUUUUCUCUUCAUGAGGCAGAUCUAAGAAAGGGUUUGAGCUCACAGAAAAGGUUUAUCGAUAUUUACAAUUUUAAAAAACAGACAUGCAUGCCAUGCAUUUAUUUUACAAUCUGUGCUCAAAAGAAGUCUAAGUAAACUUUUGAAAAAUUAUUUAUUUUUGUAAAUUUUUGAGAUGUUUUGUGUUUGCUGAUGACGAAAUCCUUAAAAAUUCAAAAAGUUGAUUUUGUAAUAUUGCAGUCCUAGUGCAUCCUGUUGUGUAUUUAAACUUGGAUUAAUUGUGGUUAAUACAAGGACUUUGGUACAGUUCUAAUAUGUUUAAUUUGCAGUAUUUACUUUCUUCAUUAAACUCCUUGAUUAUGCAUAA